UCAACCUGUUUUACACGGACAUAAUUCGUUGUUGUACCAAAACCGGAAAAGGUUCGUGCCGCGGCAACGUGCAAAACUUCUUCAUCCUGACAGAGAAAACAAGCUAAAUAUGUUUUCCUGGAGAAGCUGCGGCGGCUCCGAGCCGCUCGACGAGGUCGGUAACCUGUCAAAGACCGACAUACUGAGAGGAAUCAUCACCGAGAAGCUGAGCACAGCCGCCCGGGAGAUCCUAGCGGUGGUGGAGAGGACCGUAGCCGACUACGAGCAGGAGGCUUCGGGCUUCAGGCAGCAGAUCGAGCGGCAGAGGAGACAGCUGGAGGUCCUGCAGCCUCACGUACAACUAAACAGAGUCUUGGUGGUUCCAGAUGUGGAGAAGGAAGAGGAGCAGCUCACCCAGCAGGCAGGAGAGGAAGACCACAGGAACCACAGCCAUGAUGAUGAUGAAGAUGAUGAAGGGGAGCACAUGGCUCAGCUGUCCGUCUCCACGCAGGAACACGGAAACCUGAAGAGCAGAACUAGACGAGAUACGGAGAAAGCUUCGAGCCUGUACCCCAGUGAUGAUGAUGAUGAUGAAUGGAAGCAGCAGAUGCUGGAACCGAUGAUCCGCUCCAUUCAGGAGGAAGAAGACCUGAAGGACCCGGAUUUUAAUCUGCCAUUAAGACUGGUUUCAGGCAUGACUCCGUCCACCAAGAAGAAGCCCAGCAGACCUCGGGUCAGUGAGUCGGACAACCACCUGGACAUCAGGGUCCGGUUUCUGGAGGACUCUAAGACAAUGGUGCUCUCCAACCUUGUUUUUAGGAACACUCCGGUGCAGGACCUGAGGUGUCCUCGUGGUCUACAGGAGGCGGACUUCCUGAACCUGUUGAAGUCCGCCUUCCCUCAGCUGGAUGGCGAGGACAAAACAUUCGCCUUCUUCAGAGCUGAUCGGAGCAGGAAACUCCAGAGGUUCAGAGUGAAGACCCUGACCCCAGAGGAGAUCUACAGGAGCUUCCAGCCCACCAGGAUGCAGAAGAUUGCCCUCUACAUCAAGCUGCUGACACAAGAGGAUGAAGAGCAGCUGGAAGAGGAGGAAGAUCCUCAGAUGUUACCGUCACAUGCUGGACCUCCAUCUGUUGACCAGGAGGUGAUGGAAGCCAGUGAAACUGGACUUUGUUCAAGCCCUGUCCAUCAUGAAGAUGGUACCGGAGAGAAAGCCCCGCCCAAGAGGUCAGCAUCACGACCAGAGGAGGCGGAAACAGAGGACGCAGCCGCGGGCGCCAUGCUCUCUGGCAGCGACGGUAAUGAAGCCGAGGCGCUGGAUGACGACGGUGAUUGGAAGUGGUGUCCUGAGCAGAAGAGACAGAAGAAGAGACGUCCCCAAACCACCGUGGAGAAGACGGGGAAACUGGCCUGUGAAGUGUGUGGAGUCUGGUACCGACUCCUGGGCGGCCUGAAAAGACACGCCUGGAGUCACGUGAACGAGCCGCAGGGCGUUUGUGGAAUCUGUGGAGACACUUUCCAGUCUGUGGAGGAUUUGAAGGGACAUCUCAUAAAUUACCAUAAAGUUCACGUCUGUUCCUACUGCGGGAAGUCUUUCGUCUCUGUCUCAGGUCUGAACAGUCACAAAGCUGUGCACACGGGAGACGGUUUGCUCACAUGCAGCGUCUGCAGCCGGAGUUUCACGUCCUCGUCGGCCCUCAGUGUUCACCGCUGGGUUCACCUGGAAGAAAAACCACACAAGUGUGACAUCUGCGGGAAAUCCUUCGGCACGGAGAUGCAGCUGAAACUUCACAGGAAGCUGCACACGAGCAGAGAGGAAUACCGCUGCAACGUCUGCGGUAAGACCGUCACCAACCGCCGCUCGUUGGCCUUCCACAAGCUGACGCACACGGGAGAACGAGGCCACGGCUGCGAGGUCUGCGGGAAAAGCUUCAAGCUUCCCCACACGCUGAAGGAUCACAUGAAGACGCACACGGUCCGAGAUCGGCCGUUCCUCUGCCACAUCUGCUGCAAAAGCUUCUACUCCAACCACCUUCUGAUGUGUCACAUGACAACCCACACCGGAGAGAAAUCCUUUUUGUGCACCGUGUGCGGCAAAGCCUUCAGCCUGAAAGCCACCCUCCAGAUUCACAUGCGAGUUCACACCGGCGAAAGGCCGUACAAGUGCUCCAAAUGUGGCCGCUUUUUCAAGUCUAAGGGAACCCUGAAUGGCCACAUCAAGAGCCACCUGGGCAUCAAAAACUACACAUGCGGGGUUUGUGGGAAAAGAUGCUCUCGUCCGGAGCAUCUGAAGGUCCACAUGAGGACCCACAACGGAGAGAGACCCUACAAGUGCACCCUCUGCGACAAAGCCUUCACCCAGAGCCACUGCCUGAAAACGCACAUGAAGAGCCACCGGUCUGAGGAAAAGCCCGUCCUCGAACCGUCCGCAUCAUGAAAAGCAGACUGGCAUCACCUUAACGUCAACGCCUAAAGGCGCUGAGCGGAACAAGUGCAGAAGAAAAACCUGGACACCGAGAGUCCAGGUCCGGAGACGGAAGAGGACAAAGGGUUGGACAUUUCUGCUCAUUUCUAACUACUGAUGAGGACGAGGACAGACUUUCUGCUUGCUGUGCUGUACAAGGUCAACAAAUGACCACAAGUCUGAUGCUCCACUGAUGUUACGUCAUAACAUCAGUGGAGGGAAAUCAUAACAAAGUUGAAUAUUAUGUGAACAGUGACGUCACCAAGACAAUCCGCCAUGUUGGGGGUUCUAGGCUACUUUUACAGGUUUCUCUCGCUAGAGAGGAGCGUUCUCUCCACCUUACCUGUAGUCAAGCUAUAGUCUCUCCAGGUAAAGGUUAGUUUAGGCCAGUGGUUCCCAACCUGGGGUCGAGGACCAAAAGAGCACAGGAGGGCCUUGAGGCUUUGACCAUUCAGGUCCACUGUGAUGCGUCUACAUUGACGAGUUCAAGUGUUUGUUUUUUUUUAAAGCAACUGGACUUAUUGGUCACGUGGAACAGGUGUUUUGGAAGCCUGGAAAUAUUUUAAUACAUGUGUCCUUAGUUAAAAAAAUAAAACUAAGGCUACAACUUGUGCACCCAGUCAGUUUUUGUCUGCACAGGGGUUUAGGUCGGUCAGUGAGCAGGUGGUGCUCUUGUAACCUUGAUUUUUCCUGCAAUAUUUAAUAAACGGAAACACCACAGAGCAUUCCUUGUUUUUUUAUUAGUAAAGCUAAAUGUUAAAUAUUAGCUGCUUUGAAGGACAGGACUCGGCCAGAAUACCGUGUUCAUUGUGAGACUCUACCCAGUGUGGUUUAAUCCUGAAUCAGGUUUUUCCAGGUUAAGAUUACUCUAAUGUGAGUCCAAGAUCAGGGAGAAGAAAAAAAAAACAGCAUCUAAUAAGAAAUACUUCGCUAUAAAAUUUAAAGUUAUAUAAA